CGUGAAAUGCGCAGCGCAGGCAGACGCGCCUCCACUAAAACCGAUUCUCGGAAAGCGUUUCCCGGUGCUCUGCUUUUCCAAAGGCGUUGUGCACUUCUUACAUUCGUGGAGCUCGUGAGACAGAGCGACGUGUGCUUUUACUGCUGAGCUCAACGUGUGAGUUCCGAGUGUGUGAGACCGGGCGCCGGUUUGUCGCCAUUACUCCAGUGAAGGAUGUCGACUUGGAUCUUGUGUGUAUAAUUCAGCAUCUGUAAGGCGUUAAAAAAUUGUCAUCACCCACCGGGGAUACAACAAUUCCGAAUUAAUUCGUGAUGCUCUUGUGUGUGAAAAGGAUUGCAAUCCUACCUUCAGUUAUGGUUACUGGAGAGAUGAGAAUUACAGACAAUGCAGAAGUAUCAGAAGGUCCCUGUAACCAACCGGUCUCGCGUUCUGCUCAGCCGUGGGAUUCGUUCGAAAACCUGCGAUGCAUCCAUGCGACAUUUCAGCACCUGUAUGCCUCAGGCUGGUACUGGGGGAACAUUUCAGCCAGCCAGGCUGGAGACGCUCUGGCAGGCACGGCAGAGGGCACGUUCCUCGUGCGAGACAGCAGCCACACACACUACUUCUUCACCCUCUCUGUGAAGACAAACAGAGGCCCCACCAACAUACGCAUUGAGUACAGUGGCAACCGUUUCUGCCUGGACUACAGUUCUAGUGCCUGUCCUCAGCUGCUGUCCUUCCCCACCGUGUCCGAUCUGGUGCAGCACUACGUGGGCACCAGCAGGAGAAAGGAGAAAUCUAAGCCAGAGGAAGAUACCCCGGCAGCACUGAAGGAAAAUACAGUUCUGCUGAAGCUCAGGCAGCCUCUGUAUAAACCCAAAACCUUCCCCAUGUUACAGCACUUGGUCCGCCUCACUAUAAACAGACACACAAACUGCCCAGAACAGCUUCCCCUACCACGUCUUCUGCUGAUUUACUUACAGGACUAUCCCUUCAAAGUAUAACAUUGGCAGCAUGCAUAAAUUGGGUUUCCCCUGAAAGAGACUGCUGGAUAAACAUUUAAAUGAUGCAGCAGCUGUGUGCAAUAGGACUAUGUAUGGGUGCUGCUAAAGAUUUGCACCGAGUCCCAAAGUGCACUGUGAGAAAGAAGUGUGUUGAGACAUUCAGGCCUGUGGCCAGUGAAUAAAAGCUGAACUGAGCAUAAUGAGACCAUUAAGCAGUUAUUUGAACAUUACAAAAUUGAGUCUAAAUAUAUAAUGACUAUGUAAUUGCUCAUAUUCAAAACAUGUAUUGGACUAUAUGACAAACCAAGCCUCAACUAUAAGUUCUGAGAUCUAUUACUAUGACUCACCAUGGCAAACUUUUGAUGUAUUUAAUUGCACAGCAAACACCUCUCUGAAUUUCCAAAGAAGUAUUGUGAAGGCAGUUAUGAAGGGCCGGAGUGUGUUGUGGCAUUCGGAUGGCAAAAUUUCGAGCACACUCUCAGAGACAAUGACAGUUAUAGAAAGCUACAGACUUUCGAAUAGCAAGUCAGCAGGCCCUGCCUUUGUUCUGUCUGCCUGUGCAUUACAGGCUAGAUAUGAGGAGCUGCUUCCUGCAUCCUGUUUACAAAUGAACAAAAUUUGUUCAACUGAAACUCAGAGUUCUUGUAUAUAUUACUGUCUGUACACAUUUUCAGUUUUUGGUCAAAUAUUUCAAUGAAACGUUUAAUUUUGAUCAUCAAAACAAACAAAAAAAAUAAAUAAAAAGAUCCUAAGUUCCUAUACUAAUUUAUUAAUCUUAUACUAAUGUAUUUUCUUUACAUUUUACCUUUUGGGAGCUGUGUUGUUUUUUUCUUCUUCAUCUUUUACAUCUUUUAUAACCCUGUUUACGAGCUGGUAGUGUAAUCUAUAAGCCUGCUCUUGAAAGUAGGUCAACUUUGUAUGCCCUGACAUAUCACUGGAAUCAGACACUGAUGACAUCAUUCAACAUUUCCAAGUAGACUUAGAUUUUAUCACCUGCUACUUUCUUAGAGUUCGGUAGUUUAGAUUUACACAUGUUUUUAAUAAAAAACUGAA